UUAUAAUGAGGAAGUAGUUUUCUUCGAAUACAUAAGGUUGCAUGUUGGUCCUGUCCGGUCAUUUUCAAGCUGAGAUUCAGUGAGGGACACCAAACUCAUCCAAAAAAAAUUGGCAGGAGGCCCCACCACAAACAAACAGUUACAUGAAAAAUACAAGGAAUCAAACAUGGCCUACGUAACAAGUGGUACAUCAUCCCCAUUGCGGUUCUUGGUGCAAAAGAAAAUUCAGAUCAGACUUGGACCCCCAAUAGCCUACCGACUGCCAACAGAGAAGAGAUACCUGGAUGAGAAUCCAAUGGUCCAAAGAUGGACAUUUGGCGAGAGAGACCUGAGAAAAAUGAACAAAACUAUUCUGCUGGUGGGGGAGACUGGCACAGGGAAAACCAGCAUCAUCAACACUUUGGUCAACUACCUCCUGGGCAUAAAGUGGGAGGAUAAAGUCUGGUUUGAUAUCACAGAGGAGGUAGAGGUGAAACUGUCUGAAACCAAAACAACCAACAUCACUGUUUACGAGGUCUUUGUGGAGGAGAACCCCAUCUGCCUGACCAUUAUUGACACACCUGGGUAUGGUUAUACGAGAGGGAUGGAGUAUGACCUUCUGAUAGCCGAGAAUCUGAACAAGCUGUUCAGAUCUGAGGAUGAGGUCCGCGGCAUCGAUGCCAUUGGACUUGUGGUGAGGUCCACUCAGAACCGACUCACAGCCUCUCAGCGCUACAUCUUUGACGCAAUUCUGUCACUGUUCGGGAAAGACUUGGAGAAAAACAUAGUGCUUUUUGUCACACAUUCAGAUGGGAAGUCCCCCAAAAAUGUACUUGCUGCCAUUUCUGAAGGGAAUAUUCUGUGUGCCAAAAACCAACAGAACCAACCUGAGCACUUCUUGUUUGACAACUGCCAACCUGAUUUGGACAAGGAUUUUGAAAGCCUUCACAAAUCAGCCUGGAACAUGGGCAUGCAGAGUGUUGAAAAAUUAUUCAACUUUUUGAAGACAACUGACAAGAAGAAUUUGCGGUCCACAAGGAGUGUUCUGAGAGAACGCAAGCAGCUAGAGAUUUGCAUCGGCAACCUUGAAGAGCGGAUCAAUGCCAUUAACCUUAAGGAAUGUGAAAUGGCACAAAUCGAUGCAGCCAUGGAACAAAACCGUCAAGAUCUAGAAACAUGCGAGAAGUUACAAUUUGAAGUUGAUGAGCCAUACAAAGAGAAGGUCGACACUGGGUCAAAUCCAAAGAAAUCAAAAAAAGUAACCUCAUGCGAUACGUGCCAGGAAAAUUGCCACUUCCCAAGUUGUUCGGAAAAGCUAAAAUCGUGCAAAGCCAUGAAGAAAAAGUACUGCACUGUGUGUACUGGCAAGUGCCACUACUCUAAGCACACAAAGGAGGCUAAGAUGUACAUCCAGAAGACAAGGAAGGUGAUGAAAAUCAAUGAAGAGCUCAAAACAAAGUACGAGGAGGAAUAUCAGGAGAAAGUGGAGCUGAAGAACCAAGUGGAAAGCGAGCUCGAUGCCCUGCAAGAGGAGAAGGCACAGCUGAUGGAGGAGGCCUACCAGAGCAUCCUCACCCUGGAGAGGAUCGCCCUCAAGAGCGACUCCCUCUCCACACUGCUCCAUUUGGACUUCAUUAUCGACAUCCUGAAGGAAGCCGGAAACUCAGAGAAAGUCCAGUCGCUACAGGAGCUGAAGACCACUGAAGAGGCCAACGACGCUGCCAUGGUCUACUUAAGGGUAGGCCUUGGAAGGACAGAGAGAAGUAGCCAAGUUACCAACCAGGUGGCCAACCAUGACACAAAUGCCCUAGAGACAAAACAGCAAGAGCAAGACAAGACUGGGAUUUAUGAGGCGCUGACCCAAAUGAAGGCAAAACCUUUUGAGACCAUCACAGCAGGUAAAAUGAAAGCCUUUGGGACCCUCACCCAAAGCAAACUCGACAAGAUUAUGGCAAGGAUGGACCAAGAACAACAAAAGUCCUUUAAAUAACAAUGCAAUGCAAUGCAAUGCAAACUGUAAUUUGUACAAUUUACAUCAGAUAGACAUACAAUUGCAAACCCUGAUUCACAGAGAGUGGUCAUGAAGAGCUGUUUCUGUUUUUCAUUUCCUUACAUGUUGUCCUAAUGUUUUGAAACAGCUAGAGCUACUUGAGGCUUACUUAUCUAUGAUAUUUUUCACAUUCCAAUGACACAGAGAGAUGAUUCACCAUGAUAUUUUACACAGAAUAGACAAGUAGAAAUGGAAUGUGGACUGUAUAACUGAUCCUUUCUAUUAAACACAGAUAUUCAUAUUUCAUGUG